AUGUCCUCGCUCGCCGACAUUCGCCUGCCAAACUACCCCGCUCACCUCCUCUUCCCAUCUCCCUCCUCCGACGACCGCCUCCUCUGCCUGAACCCCUACAAUCGCCACGACGGCUCGAAGAACUCCUACGCCCUCGCGUACCCGAACGCCCUCCCCCAUAACUCCACGCUCCUCCGAGGCCUAACCAUCGUCUCGGACACUCUGUACAGAACAGAGAACAUUUGGCACGGGCUGUCCACGAUAGUCCCGUUCGUAGGGUGGUACCAGAGGAACAAAUGCGUUAACGCGGACAGAUGGGUUUACUUCCAUCACGGCCAGCUCAGGAGUAAGAUGGCGAAUUGGGUCAAUGCCCUGACCGAGGCCACGACCGGGGACGAGGUGAGGAUCGAGGAUUUUGAGGGGUACGGGGGCGGUGCUGUUUGCUUCGAGAAGGCGAUCGUGUUUCGGCAUCUUGAGCAGGGGCUGGAGAGGGAGGGGAGGGAGAGGGUUUAUGACAUGAUGAGGUGCAGAGCCAGAGAGUAUUGUGGGGUUAAGGUGAACGGUGGUCGGAUCGGAGUUACUUUGUUGUUGAGAGUUGGAGGGAGAGCAUUCAAGAACGAGAGCGCUGUGAUCGGGGUUUUUGAGAGGGGGUGUGCGAAAGUGGAUGGGUGUGCGAUGAAGGUUGCCUGGUCUGAUAAUUUGACAUUUUGUGAUCAGGUGAGCCUGCUGAGCGAGACAGACAUCCUAGUCACCAGCCACGGAGCACAAAUGACAAACAUGAUCUUCAUGGACAAAAACAGCAGCGUGAUGGAGUUCUUCCCUAAAGGUUGGCUUGAGUACGCCGGAGUUGGCCAGUACGUCUACAGAUGGUUGGCGGCUUGGUCGGGGAUGAGGCACCAAGGGCAGUGGAAGGAACCACUAGAAGGUGAAAACUGUCCUCACAAUGACAAUUUCAAGUGUUUUGCUUUCUACAAAGAUGGCAAAGUUGGGCAUGAUGAAGCUUACUUUGCUACUUUUAUGGCUCGUGUCCUUGAUGAGGUGAAGGCAUCAAAGAAUGCCACUAAGCAAGAGAGCAAGGGGAGUGCUGCAUGUCAAUAUUGUGGGUCAUGAGGUUACUCUCGUGUCGAAAGUGUAUAUAUAUGGAUCCAUACGAGAGGAUAGAAAUAAAAUUUGAUCAUUGUUUGAUACGUAAAGUUUGAUGUGCUGAAGGACACCCAU